AUGAAUCAACUUACUCGUCAAGAAAUUACACCAACAUAUUACGAAAUUCUUGAAAUUUCAGAUGAAAAUGUAUCAAUUGAACAAAUUAAACGACAAUAUCAAAAAUUAUUACUUAUUUAUCAUCCAGAUAAAUUAGGAUCAAUCAUGAAAAAAAUCGAAGAGAAUAUCAAAAAUAAUGAUGAUAAUGAACGUAAAAUUGAACUCAUUAUCAAGGCAUGGCAAAUACUUAAAGAUCCAGAAUUGAGGAAAGUAUAUGAUGAAGAAUUAAAAGCGAUACGAUUAAAUCAAGACGAAAUUUAUAAUUCUGAAGUUGAUUUAGAUGAUAUGGAAUAUAACGAAGAAACAAAAUCUUAUUCUAUACCAUGUCGUUGUAGUGGAUAUCAUAUUAUAACAGAACAUGAUUUAGAGCAAGGUGCAAAUAUCACUGGAUAUAUCAUAAAAAAUAAAAUGGAAAGUAGCGAGGAAAUAAAUAAUAAAAUUGAAGAUAAUUCAAAAGUCACCAUUUCAGAGAACAACAAGGAUUUAUCUAACGGGUUAUUAAAUGAAGCUAUUGAUAAAAAACAAGAGGAAGAACCUCAGCAAAACUUAUCCAAAAAUGCCUUGAAAAGGCUUCGAAGACAACAAAAAUGGGAAGAAACACGUGAGGCACGCAAAACGGCUUGGAAGGAAAAAGAUAGGAAGAAGAAGGAAGAAAAGAGGAAAGCCAUUAAACUAGGCCUUUCAAAGUCACCACCAAAGAAACCUAAAGUUGAAUCAAUACCUAGUGAUAUGAAAGUUGUUAUUGAUUUAUCAUUUGACGAAUUGAUGAAUGAUGUGGAAAUUUCAUCUCUAACUUCACAAUUAUCGCGUUGCUAUUCGGCCAAUCGAUCAGCGACGCGUCCUGUUAAUUUAUACUUUACUUCAUGCGGAGGUCGCGUUCAAGAACGAUUUAACACAAAAUUACAAAAUUAUGUUAAUUGGAAAAACGUGAUUUUUGAAUCUAGGUCUUACUUGGAUUGUUUUAAUAAGGAUGAAUUAAUUUACUUGACAGCAGACUCGAAUGAAUGUAUACAAGAACUAGAUGAACAAAAAAUUUAUAUAAUAGGAGGAUUAGUGGAUAAAAAUCGUCACAAGAGUAUAUGUUAUAAUAAGUCUCAAAAAGAUAAUAUUGCUUCAGCUCAAUUACCCAUUGGAAAUUACGUUCAAUUGAGUACACGAAAGGUUUUGGCUGUAAACCAUGUAUUUGAAAUUCUUAUUCGUUGGUUAGAAUAUAAAGAUUGGGAAAAAGCAUUUUUGGAAGUUAUCCCACAACGUAAAUUUAACGUAGGAAGGGAUGAAAAAACUGAUGUUAAUGCUAUUUCUGAAACGACGUGA